CGUUCGGUCGUUCGUCGGAGCGGCUGCGGGUCAGCGGCGGCGGGAGCGCGAGCGGCCGUGAGGCGCCCUCACGCCACACACACACACAACACACACAACACACGAUGGGCAAAGAGCAGGAGCUGCUGGAGGCUGCCCGGACCGGCAACGUGGCCGUAGUGGAGAAGCUGCUGAGCGGUCGGCACCGGCUGUCGGCGGGUGGGAGCGGCGGCACCGUGUCCCUGCCCCAGUUAUCCAACUUCCUCAGCAUCUGGAGAGGACCGAAUGUUAACUGUGUUGACAGUUCUGGAUACACCCCACUGCACCACGCGGCUCUAAAUGGACAAAAGGAGGUGGUUGAAAUGCUGCUAAAGAAUGAAGCUUCCACUAACAUUGCAGACAACAAAGGAUGUUACCCACUUCACUUGGCUGCGUGGAAAGGGGAUGCACAGAUUGUCAAACUUCUUAUUCAUCAAGGACCCUCCCAUGCAAAAGUCAACGAGCAGAAUACUAUUGAGAGCAAAGACCUCAAAAAGUAUGGCCCUUUUGACCCUUAUAUGAAUGCAAAGAACAAUGACAAUGAGACUGCCUUGCACUGUGCAGCACAGUAUGGUCAUUCAGAUGUUGUCAAAGUUCUUCUUGAAGAGCUCACAGAUCCUACAAUGAGAAACAACAAAUUUGAGACUCCGCUGGACCUGGCUGCUCACUAUGGGAGGUUGGAGGUAGUGAAAAUGCUAUUAAAUGCCCAUCCAAACCUGCUGAGCUGUAACACCAAGAAACACACACCACUUCACUUGGCAGCAAGAAAUGGGCAAAAAGCAGUCGUGCAGAUCCUUCUGGAAUCCGGAAUGGACAUUAACUACCAGACAGAGAAGGGUAGUGCCCUGCACGAGGCUGCCUUGUUUGGAAAGACAGAUGUGGUCCAAAUACUUCUGGCCUCUGCAAUCAACGUUGAUAUUAAAGAGAUCCAUGGGAAGACUGCAUUAGAAAUCGUGCAGGAACAUCCAUCUCAGAAGAGUAAAGAGAUUGCAACUCUUAUUCAAGAUCAUAUGGCAGGAAAGAACACUGAAAAAACUCUUCAGGCACAAAGAAUGUCUCCAUUUCCUACUUCUGAGCCAAUUAAUCAAAACCCCAAAGGUGAGGAGCAAAUGGAGCUAACCAAACUCAUCACAGAAUUUGAAACCCAAUCAGACGAGGAGUGUCCCUAUGAAGCGUUGUGUGAUGCAACAUCGUACGCUGUGGGCAACUUGACAAAGUUGAAAGCCUCGGACAAAGAUCCUACUUCAAAUUGUGAAGUUACCAAGAAUUCCAAAGUGACGGAAGAACAUGAAGAAGAGAACCCCUACGAAUUGCUUUUGACAGCGGAAACAAAGAAGCCAACUGCUCUGGAUGCAUCUCAAUUCAGAGCAGAAAGUGCAGCUGAAAAGGCUGCUUCUGUUGCUUCAACCUUUGAUGGUCAGAACCUCACUGCAUCUCAGCCUACUUUGCUGCCUCCUGAUGCCCAGUCGGUAAAAAGCAAUCAGCAAUCUGAGACGAGCUUACCCUCCACUCUGAGCAGUAAACCGAACCUGUUCCUCAACCUGAAGAGUUCCCCUGAUCACGUGAAGAGUGAGGAUUCAAACCGGAGUGAGGUUGACUCUCAGGAUGUUCACAUUCCUGAGCAGUUUUCAGGACUUCUGCACGGGUCACCUCCAGUCUGUGAAAUUCAGAAAGAUCCACUCACGCUACUUGCUGCUUUAAGCAAAGGGGGAGUGGAAGCAGAAGCGAUGCAAAGCAGCGAGUUGCCAGAGAGGCAACACUGUGCAACAGAACAGGCACAGAACACUGGCGUCGAGAACUCUGCUGCAGCAGAAACUGCUGAGCAAAAAGGGCAGCAGGUAAUCCAUAACCCAGUCCUCAAAACCACCGCCAACAAGACUGAUCCAGAAUUUUCUAAUAGCUCAGACCUUCUUCAGUAUCAGGACCCUCAAUCCAUAAAGAGUGUGGAAGCUCGGACAUGUACUUUGGGAAGGAUACGGCCAAGUGGGAAGGGCAAAGUAGACGUUAAAUUAGCAAGAAGUUUGUCAAAAUCAGAUUCCAACCUUAUUACGUGUUUCCCACUGGAGGAGGACAUGCUGGGAAGUCGAAGUGAAUCUCUGUCGAACUGCAGUUCAGUGAAGAAACGGUUAGAAAAAUCGCCAUCCUUUCAGUCGGAAUGGGAGGAGCAGAAGCCUCCAUCUCCAGUACCUAAACCUCGCAGAACUAAAUCUAUGUACAGUAUUGAAAAAAUAAUGAGUUCCAUUGGUGCAGGGAUUGACAGUGAUUUCAGAAAGGAAUGCAAUGCCUCAGGUUCACGGAUACUGGAGCAGAGCGUCGGGCAAUGGCUGGAGUCCAUUGGGAUGCAACAAUAUGAAAGCAAGCUGGUUCUGAAUGGCUUUGAUGAUGUGUGCUUCCUGGGGAGUAAUGUAAUGGAGGAACUGGACCUACAAGACCUUGGAAUUCAUGAUGCAGGACAUCGGCGAAAAAUUCUUCAGGCUGCACGCUCUCUUCCUAAGAUAAAGCCACUCGGUUGUGAUGGGAGCAGCGGGACCUCAAUCUCGGCGUGGCUGGAAUCGCUGGGAUUGCACGAUUACAUUCAGACCUUUGUGUCCAGCGGAUAUAACUCUAUGGACUGUAUCAAAAACCUCUGGGAAUUGGAGAUUGUGAACGUAUUGAAGAUAACCUUAUUAGGUCAUCGGAAACGAAUCUUGGCAUCCCUUGGAGACAGACCUUACGAAGAACCGCCACAAAAACCACCGCGAACAUCCCAACUCCGGGAUGAUCAUCGUGAGUCCAGGUUGACCCUUCGCCCACCGAGUUUGGCUGCACCGUAUGCACCUGUGCAGAACUGGCAGCACCAGCCGGAGAAACUCAUAUUUGAGUCGUGUGGAUAUGCAGCUAAUUAUUUGGGUUCUAUGUUGAUUAAAGAGCUGAAGGGAACAGAAUCUACACAAGAUGCCUGUGCAAAGAUGAGGAAAUCUACUGAACAUAUGAAAAAGAUUCCAACCAUUAUCCUCUCUAUCACGUACAAAGGUGUGAAGUUCAUUGAUGCCUUCAAUAAGAAUAUCAUCGCCGAACAUGAAAUCCGGAACAUCUCCUGUGCUGCCCAGGAUCCCGACGACCUCUGUACAUUUGCUUACAUCACUAAAGACCUGCUGACUAAUCACCACUAUUGUCACGUCUUCAGCACAGUGGAUAUGAGUUUAACCUAUGAGAUCAUUCUUACACUCGGACAGGCAUUUGAAGUUGCCUACCAGCUUGCACUACAAGCUCAGAAGCCUGCUCCGAAGUCUUUAACCUCAGCGGAUUGUGAGGCUGCAGAGGGAAAGCCUGGAAAACCAGUCCCCAAGCCUCGAGCCCACAUGAGGAAAUCUGCUGUGCAGCAACCCAACAGCAGAUGCUGUUACUGUCAUACGUGCACUACUCACAGACCUCUCCUCCCGCCUCUGCCGCUGCAUUCAUUGAGCCAAGGAGCCCAGAUCGACUCCUUGGAGCAGGAGCCUCAGUCCCAUGGCGGUGUGGCCUGGAUCGCUGAUUCUAAGCAGGAUUCCAAGAGGACGAUCAGUACAAACUGAAACUCUGGGGUGAGUAUAUUUACUGGAAAUGUGACAUUGGGUAUCCCAGAUCAACGCAAGAGUGCAUUAAACCGUCUGAGCAGCAGCAUCCCACAACUGGAACCUGGAAUGAGAGUUCAGUUGGACAGCGGGGUCCCAGCCAGCUUCCACUUUCUUGGUUACAGCACAACAUAGGAAACACGUUUUCGGGACUUAAAACCUAGGCCGUGCUUGGAAACUGCCAGGAAAACUGGGCUGUGACCAAAGAAGAAUCUUAAUGAAGAUCGACAUCAAUUUACUCUGUGGUGAUUGAUCAUUAACCUGUUCAUUGCUGGGCUGUCAAGUGCAUCAGCCAAGAAUUCCCAUGUGCUGCAUCCCCAGAGUUUUACAGCAUAAAAGAAUGACACGAAUUUCAGACAGAACAAAAGGAAUCUUUUUUUUUGUCUGUCAUUUUUUCCAUUUUAUUUUUUUCAUCUCCUCUCCCCCGGAAAAUAAGACAAGUUAACUUGAUUUGGGAUAUUUGAGAGUUCCAUGGUUACUAACUCAGUAAUUGUAUUGAAGAUGAUGUAUAUGAUAGGCAUGUGUAAUCUGAACCUUCUCUCUUCACUGGUGAUCUUUCAAAAUCAUCAUCUUGAUUUGGGGCUUCUCAUUAUUCUGUAAUAUUCAAUACAUUUCCAGACUACUGUCACUAUUUAUACUUGUAUGAGACUGUAGGAACAUAGUCUUCCAUAGGUACUUAACACUGUUGACCUAACACUGUUGUGUCUCUAUAAAUGAAUAGCGAGUGUAUUGUUUUAAUAAUCUGUGUUGAUUGGAGUGAAAAACGUAUUAGCCUGUGGACAGCAAAAUCUACCAGGGUAAGUUAUCAAAUCCUGGCAAGGUCUCCAAAUGAGACUAUUCUUCAGCAUCGGAGACCAAGCGAGGAAUGCCCAGGCGUUAAAUCAGAACACGGCCAGAUUCUGUUCAGUUUUAAUCUCUCUGUCUUGCAAUGUGGUUUAAAUAAGUUCAGUCAAGCUCAAGGUUACUGGGGUGUAAUACAGUUGAUGGCUAUUCUAAUUUGGAGGAUUUAAAAGCAAUUACAAAAUUUCAAGCAAUUUCAAACCAUUUGCUUAGGACAACAAUAGCGAGGCAGCAGGAUUACUGUUAAAGCACGUUAAAAGGAUUUCAAUUUUGCCAAUUUUACAUUGGAGCCAUAUUAUGGGAAGAGAACAAAAUACUAUUCAACACAAUUGUUUAAAUUAUAAAAUUGUGAAACGUCCUCUCAUUGUCCAUUAGUUUCAGAUACAGAUGUACAAUAAAUAAAGAUUGAAACCUCAGUCAUGCCUUUGACUGGAGCAAUUUUGUACUUAGGUUUGAACUGAAUGAAUUUCAGAUGGUUUCAAACUGUUGGAUAUAGUAUACCUUCUAAACCCAAAAGAGCAGGCUGCUUGGGGCCACAAUCAAUACCACUCCAUCAUUUAUUGAUUGACGAUGCAUUCUGGAAACGGUAAAGUAACUGCUAUUUUCUUGCCAGCUUUCUCAAGAAUGGUCUGCUCAUUCCAGAGCUGAAAUAACUCACUCCAAAGCUACACAGUAACACGCAUGGAGACUGACUGGCUUUUUUGACUGAGAACAUCUGGGCUUCUGGCUGGUGGACAUCUCACUGCCUGCCAGUCACAAGCUCGACAUCGGGGAAGGGCAUCUCAUAGAAAUUCAGUAGAUGCCGUACAAUGUAACACAGCAAAAUAACUUGAUAUUAUUCCAAUAACCAAACUCGUCCUGUGGAGUAGGACACACACGGUAGAAAAUUCAGAGCUGAUCAGUGAGGGUAUUAAGGUUCUAUACAAAUAUCUCAGCAGUAAUUAUUUUUAAAAAUCAAAUUUGUUUUCGAUGAAAGUUGAUGAUUUCUCCACUCUUCUCUCCCCCCCAACCUGUUGAUCGGUGACAAUAAGUGACUAACCUUUUUUGUAGAGAUUUUUGUUCUUUAUGACGUCCUGGUUCUGUUUGGAUUGAAGGUAAUGAUCUCAGUAAAGUGCACUAGCAGGCAGGCGGACUAGACAUUUACCUUCUAAUUUGAGUCUUGAUCCUGUCACUGUUAUAAAGUAAUCCUUUUUAAAUAUUUCUACUGUGGGAAAAGGGCUGUGAAUGCUGUGUAGACACUAAGCAGAGCUUACUGGUGUAUAUUUUGUUCUCAAUUUUAGAUAAAUCUGAUGGGUAGCGAUGAGUCUAAUAACGUAUUGCUGGGUGUUAAUUUUUCGGUUCUGUGUUGCAGUACUUCAAUGACGUAUUUCUGUAUAUAUAUCUAAUCUAGACUCAUGAACAAGUGUUGCAACUGGACGUUUCAUGGUACCAAACACUAGGAUUUUGUGCAAAAACUAGACUGACCUCACUACAAAUAGCAGAUUGUAAAUAUACCUGGGCUUCCAGUCUAUGUUUCUGUGUUUUUUUUCAUAAUUUGUAUAAUUGGAAAUCAAUGAAUAAAACGGAACCUGAGAAACCA